UUGUACUCUGUGUUCUUCGUCAGCUUCUUCUUCUAUCUUUUUUACUUUUAUUAAUAUACGACGACCAAAGCAAAAAUCUUCUUUCUCUCUUCGCUUCUGUGUUUUCUCUCUACUUUACCUCUUUCUCUCUCUGUCUCUGUGGAUCGAAAUAGCAAACUUAACGUCCACGAUUUGGUUUCCUCUUUUAAUCCGAUAAAUCUCCGGAGGUGUUCUUCGUGGUAGUCUGUUUCUAUGCCAUUUUGCCGAGAAAAUGGGAGAAGUUAAGGGAUGUUGGAAAGUAGGACGAAUGCUGCCAAAGGAUAAGUCUGCAAACUCCUACAACGUCUCUCUUCUGUUAUCUCCUGUUGUUUCUGUUUGGGAUUGUAUCGUCCGUAAAAUGAGGUAUACCUACAUACCUGAGUGGGUGUAGUAUUCUUUGAGAUCGUUGCAUCCCCUGGUUCUAGUGAGUUUAGUUCAGUUAUUCAGUUGGUAGAAUCAGCAAAGUAAGCAAGGAACAGAAGAAGCCAGUUGAUAACAUUUAGUAAAUGUAUAUUUUUUAGUUUAUUUUUUUUCACUUUGGAGAGUGUCCAAAAAGCCAGGCAAACAAAGACUUGUAGCAAUCAUGGAUAACAGUAGCUCGAUGCGCAAACAAGCUCAGCCGACUGUUAGAAAAGCAAAGAAGAAGCAAGUAAAAGAUGAAGUGGACCGAAUCAAACAAGCUGAGAAGAAAAAGAGACGCCUUGAGAAAGCCAUUGCUACUUCUGCGGCGAUCAGGGCUGAGCUAGAGAAGAAGAAGCAAAUGAAGAAGGAAGGACUGCUAGAGGCAGCAGCAGGUGAAGAAGAUUCACCAGAGGCUGCAAAGAAGAAGCAGGAGAGAGACGAACUAGAGCGUAGCAAACAAGCAGAGAAGAAAACGAUACAGCUUGAGAAAUCCAUUGCUACUUCCGCGGCCAUCAGGGUUGAGCUAGCUAAGAAGAAGCUUAAAAAGCUCGAGGAACAAAAGAGAUUGGAUGAGGAAGGUGCCGCCAUCGCAGAGGCUGUUGCUCUCCACGUCUUGCUUGGUGAAGAUUGUGAUGACUCAUACCGAAACAUGCUUAACCAAGAAACAGAAUUCAAACCAUGGGACUAUACUACCAAAUUCAAUUUUUCUAGUGGUGGAAGAAACAGAGUAUUUCCUCACCAACGCUGCUCGAGCUAUGCGGUUCAUCAUAGUAACAACAGACCAAGAGACAGUAGUAACUGGUUAGUCUCAUAUGAGCCUUUCGCAAGGGCAUGGGAUAGCAACAACAACAACAUGGGAAUAUCAACUGAUUUGAUUGCUGCUCAAGCUGUGUCGUCACUACAGAUCUCUGAGAGUAAUGACGUGAACGCAAUUGUCUUCAAUGGGAUGUUCAGAAGAUAACGGAAUCAUACUCCCAAAGAAUAAAGCACUUGUAAACUAUUUAAAGUUUGUGUGCUGUUUUUUUUUUUUUUUAAUUUUAUUUUACUACAUAGCAAAAGAAAAAAGAAAGAAACCUUUGUGUCUCUUACACUCUGAAAUUAGUACCAUCUCUCUUUUGUUUUCUAGAGAAGUGAGGCUCAUAUGAUUUGUUUUGGUUUCUU